AUGGCGCUGGCCAUGAAGGUGCUGGUGAUGCUGGCUCUGGGGAUGGACCUCGGGCCUUGCUCAGGUUUCCCCGUGUACGACUAUGAUCCCUCCUCCCUGCGGGAAGCCCUCAGCGCCGCGGUGGCCAAAGUGAACGCUCAGUCCCUGAGCCCGUACCUGUUCCGCGCCUUCCGAAGCUCCGUCAAAAGAGUCAAUGUUCUGGAUGAGGACAACGUGAUCAUGGAUUUAGAGUUCAACAUUCGAGAAACUACGUGCCUGAGAGAUUCCGGAGCAGAUCCCUCUAGCUGUGCCUUCCAGAGGGGCCACUACAUGCCGGUGGCUGCCUGCAGGAGCACAGUGCGGAUGUCGGGCCUGCAGGCGCAGGAGGUGUGGGCUCACUGCCGCUGGCCCUCCACGUCCGAGUCUGACAGCAGUGAAGAGAUGAUUUUUGGGGACAUGAUGAGGUCCUAUAGGUGGAGAAACAAUGAUCUACUUGGUCUCAUUCCUGAGGAACCCAGAAAUGAGCAAUAUUAUGAUCCGUCGCUUGAGUUGCCCCUUCCAGAGGGUCCCGGCCAUAAGGAUCCCACCCCACGGAGGCCCAUCCCACCCAGCUUCUCUCCAGGCAAGAUCACAGAGCGAGCUGAGAAGGUGCUUCCUCUUGCCCCCAUUUCUGUGGUUCCUGCCCAGUCGGUGACCGGGGGAGGACAAGAUGUGAGAGGGAGUGGAGAGGAACUGCAGAUGGAUCAGAGGACCAAGGACCGGCAGACCUCGCUGGCACCUCGAGGCCGAAUUCCAGAGCACCCAGGUGGCAGCCCUUGGCCAGCCGCCGUGUGGCAGGACGCUCUGGUCGCGGCUUCACCGGGGCUGGACAGGUGCCUGUCUCGGUGUUUCAGGGGAGCCUAG